UGAAAUUCACAGAACGGUGUCGUCCUUCCUUCUUUUCCGGUAAACUGGCUGUUGCCACAUUCUCUCACUCUUAUAACAGGCUGAAGCUAUCGCGCUGCUCGUUUUAUCUCCACUCUAAACAAUGCUUAAAUCAAGCUUCACUCCGAUUUUCUCAACCUUUCCCGCCAAACCGUUAUCCCCAAAACCACUGCCUAACGCUAUCUUUAGCUGCUUCGCACACACUGCGCCAACUGUUCGUCAAAAUGCCUCACCCAACACCCCCACCACCAUUCUUCCACCUCCUACUUCCGCUUACAUCCACCUCCCUUUCUGCCGAAAGCGCUGUCACUACUGUGACUUCACAAUCGUCGCUCUGGGCUCUUCUUCCAACCAAACCGAGGAUGACCCGCGAAUGAUCAACUACGUUCAAUUACUUUGCCGAGAAAUCAAUGCAAUGAAAGCCGAAAAUAAGGCCAACCCGCCUCUGGAAACGGUCUUUUUCGGGGGCGGCACGCCUUCUCUUGUGCCACCCAAGCUUGUUUCUUCCAUUUUGGAUACGCUGAGGUUGAAAUUUGGGUUGAGUUCGGAUUCUGAGAUAUCAAUGGAAAUGGACCCUGGGACAUUUGAUGCUAAGAAAAUGAAGGACAUGAUGGAGUUGGGUGUGAACAGGGUGUCAUUGGGAGUUCAGGCAUUUCAAGAAGAGUUGUUGAAAGCUUGUGGUAGAGCACAUGGUCUUAGGGAGGUUUAUGAGGCCAUUGAGAUUGUUGGGUCAUGCGGGGUUGAGAAUUGGAGCAUGGAUCUUAUCUCUUCUCUGCCUCACCAGACCCCAGAAAUGUGGCAAGAGAGUUUGAGGCUAACUGUUGAAGCUUGUCCUACCCAUGUGUCUGUAUAUGAUUUGCAAGUGGAACAAGGCACAAAAUUUGGAUUGUUGUACACACCAGGGGAGUUCCCAUUGCCGUCGGAAACACGGUCAUCUGAGUUCUAUAGGAUGGCAUCAAGGACGCUUUCUGAUGCGGGUUAUAACCACUAUGAAAUAAGCAGUUACUGCAAGAGUGGAUAUCAUUGCAAACACAAUCUUACUUAUUGGAAGAACAAACCUUUCUAUGCUUUUGGCCUUGGCUCUGCUAGCUACGUUGAUGGUGUGAGGUUUUCAAGGCCAAAAAGGAUGACAGAGUACAUGGGUUAUGUGGAGAAUUUGGAAAGUGGGUUGGUGGAUAGCUGUGAGAGUAAUCGUUCUGCUCAGGACAUGGCCACGGAUGUUCUCAUGCUCUCUCUUAGAACUUCAAGAGGUCUGGAUUUGAAGUCGUUUGGAGAAGAAUAUGGAAGCUCCCUUGUUCUCGCUCUCUGCAAGGCCUAUAAACCUUAUGUUGAAAGUGGGCAUGUGGUUUUCUUGGAUGAGCAGCGAAGGGCCAUGGCUACAGAUGAACUCAAUGCCUUGCUAGUAAACGAGGACAAGAUUGAAAGAAGUCCUGCCUACAUUCGUCUUAGUGAUCCGGAUGGUUUUCUUUUAUCGAAUGAAUUGAUAUCGCUUGCAUUUGCGGUUGUAGCUCCAUAAGCUAAGUGGAAGCCCAUGUACCUUCCGCAUCUGGUGGUGGAGUGGAACAAGCACUCAAAUAGUAUUUUUAUAGCAUCAUUCAAGGUGAUAUGUUGAUGGCUUUCCUAUAUAAGAGAAUUCAACUCUCCCAUCCAUCAGUAUUCAGCAGCGAAGAAAAUGGCGCGGCAGAGAAUCCGGGAGAUAAGCGACCAGCUUAGCUUAUCCAUCCUCAUACCAAUUGCUUUCAGCUGAUGAAAGAAGAAACUAAGCAUAAACAAUUUGCCUGCAUCGGGUAGGCAUUGUGGAGCAAAGUAUGACGAAGUUGACUGAAACAUCGAGUAGUAAAAGCCCAUCGCUCAUCAAAGAGAUGAUGAUUCUAUAUAGCAGAUAAUUUUAGAGCUAAUGGCUACAGAAAUUAGCCUUUGCAAUUAAAUAUUAUAUUUGGACUUGCAUGUUGUUUAUGGUUCUCCUUGUGACAUUCUAUAA